AUGGCUUUUAUGGGUACCGCCCAAGGUUCCUCGGACUUCCCUCCAUCAUCGAUUGGAUCCAGCGGCACUGAAAUGCUGUCAGAUGUACUGGAACGUUUUGACAAAUGCUAUCCAGGGUUUCUGGUUGUGUCAUUAACUCUGGAUGACCUUGGGCCAAUUUUUCCUCCUGGACCUCACAGCAGGGAAGGGAAAUCCUUAUCAUUAAGAAGUUGGGAGAGCUGGGCAGUGACUUGGAGGGCUUUCCAAGAUUCCCCCACUGCCCCGUUGGGAUCCCGCCCUCCUCCGCCCCCAAACGUGGGUGGCGCAAUUAAUGUUGCAAGCCCGCUUUUCCCCUUUGGGGACCCAUCCCCGGGGACGCCAGACGAUCGUUCCUGCCUUGAAAUCUGGAGACAGCACGUGGUCAGUGGGGUUAAGUCUCGGGUCGGGGCCACUCGGACAGCCGCGCCUUUCAACCAGGCGCUUCCCCGGGCACAGCCCACCCGUCCCCCUCGCAGCUCCACAACCCGCUUCGCGUCCCCCUCCCCUGUGCAGCUCAAAGGUAGCGGCGCCGCGAGCCCGGGGCUCGGCGCGAGCCGCCUCCUCACUUCUGAUUGGCUGAGAGCGCGGGGAAGGCAGUCACGUGGGAGCGCGGCAAUCCAGCUCGGGGCCGCCAUCUUGGCGGAAAGUUUGGGGGGAGAGCGGCUGGGGGCGCGGAAAGAGGCGAGGUUCCGGGGGUGGGGCGGCCCAGAGGCGAGUGGGCGAGCGGGCGAGCGAGUUUGCGGGCCGCGUCCCAAGGUGCCGGGAGAGGCCGUGGGGGUGCGGCCGCCGAAGGGAGCUCCUCCCCUCCCGUCCCCUCACCCCCUGUGCCGAGCUCCUCUGGCCCGGGGCGGGGCGGGGUACGUGGAACGGGGCCGGGCGGGGGAACUGCUCCGACUCCGGCCGGAGCGCACCCUGCGUCCGCCGCUCGCGGGAACUUGGUGGCGGCGCCGCAGGUGUGGGGGGCCCGCGGAGGUGUGCAUGUGGGGCGCGAGGGCGUCGCGGAGAGCGGCCGCUGUUCUGUCCGGCCCCCGCUGGCGGAGCCGAGCUCGGAGAGAGGUGUGUGCCCGCUUCCUGAUUCUGGAGAAAAAUGCCGGUCCGGAAGCAAGAUACCCAGAGAGCAUUGCACCUGUUGGAAGAUUAUCGCUCAAAACUAAGUCAAACUGAAGAUAGACAACUCAGAAGUUCCAUUGAACGAGUUAUUAACAUAUUUCAAAGCAACCUCUUUCAGGCUUUAAUAGAUAUUCAAGAAUUUUAUGAAGUGACCUUACUGGAUAAUCCAAAAUGUAUAGAUCGUUCAAAGCAGUCUGAACCAAUCCAACCUGUAAAUACUUGGGACAUUUCCAGUCUUCCAAGCACUACUGUGACUUCAGAAACACUGCCGAGCAGCCUUAGCCCUACU